ACGGUUGUUUUCAGGUUAAGAGAGGUCACCCGGAUAUGGUUCCCCCUAGACUGCAGUUAAGCCGGAUUGUAAUUACCAAGUUCAGUUUCUAUGAUAGUUAUACUGCGGAAGGUUCUUAAACAGCCUGAAGUCUCGACUAAAGGUCUUCAGACCCUCUCAAUCUGAAUCUCUAGCGGGCGACUAACCUCCACCGGAGUAAACAGAUUGAGGCCCUAACAACAAAACCUCCACUACCGAAGUGAAUUCGGUACAGAAUAGUGAGUUGGCUCCUCGACUAAAGUCACCAACUCCCUACCUUCAAUCAAGGAUGCUCUAUCAACCUAGGCAGAUAUUCUCAAAAUAACAGGAAUUUGAUCAGGAUUCAUGCCAUUCAAUCAUUCAAACCUCAAUUGAAUAUAAUCAAAUCAUAGAAUCAGUACUUGGGUUCAUACAAUCAAACCUAACAUACAAAUCUAGGGUUCUCCAUACCCAGAUGAAUGGGAGAACUACUCCAUGGAGAAAGAAGCAAAAACAGAAUCAGACGCGGAAUUCAUACUGUGAAAGAUGGAUUCCUGCUCCUGGACGUUGAUUGGCACUCCUCCAAGCUCAAGCCAAGCUCCAAUGGUGAUGAAGAUCAAGCUAGGGCACUUGGAGACUCUUGUUCGUCGCUUUCUCUCUCUAGGAAUCGCUCUAUCUCUCUAAAACUCGAAUCCCUUGAUCUUUGGCCUUCUUUUCCUUUAAAACAGCUGCCUGUUGCGAUACCCGGUCGAAAUACCCGGUCGGGUAUUUUGGGUCUCGACCGGGUAUAGUUGAAACGCGCGUUUUGCCCAGGGGAAAAAUACCCGGUCUCAUCCAAUAAUCCCCGGUCGGGGAUUUUGUGCCUCCAGCCCAGGACCCUCUCUGUUUCUCAGACGCCAAAACAGCAAAUACCCGGCCUCCUCAGAAUAAUACCCGGCCGGGUAUUUUUGGUCAUGGUCGGGUAUUUUCUUCCUCCAGCACACUUCAAGCCUCACUUGCUCCUUUCGACCCGAAUCUCGUUCCUUGGCCUCAAUUCCAACGCCAGGUCCUGAAAUACGACAUAAACACACAACCUCGCGUGAAAUCGGCUUAAAACCCGAGAGUCAACCUCUCAAACGGCUCAAGAAUAGGGGUGAAAACAUGUGUAAUUAUCGGUCUAUCAAUAUGUUAUUGGAAAGGUGUGCUUGAUUAAUAUUUACUAUGACCAUGAAAUCUUUGAACCUAGUCAUUUAAUGAAUGAUGUGAUGUGAUAUGAUUAGUUUAAAGUGCAUUAGGAAAUUAUGCCAUAUGAUGUAUUUGAGAAAGGUUGUAUGAUGAGUCAUAUGAUGGUGUCUUGAAGAGUAUGCAAAGGAAAGAGCAUAAUCUCUUUGUCAUUCCCCUUUAGUAAAUUUGAUCCUUAGCGGUGCUCGCACUGGAGUAACAUGGGUGUCGCCGGCAGGUUUAUUCUUCCUUCUACAACUUGGACACUUGUGUUUGAGUAGCUGAUGUGUUCGCCAAUGAUCUUCUUAUCAUGAUAUGUGCUUGUAGGUUGAUUCUGUAAGAGGCUUUUGUAGCAUGGUGGCCUCGAAAAUCUGUAAUCUUUUAGUAUGAUUGAUCUUCUUGUUAUGUAAGCAUGUUGUGCUUAGUUAAGAGAAAUUUGUUAACUUCAAUGUCUUAUUGAUGCCGGUUUUCUAGACAUGCUUGAUGGACUUCAUUGGGAGGUGUGAGGUACAAAAUACUUCGUUGAAGAAUAGUUUGAUUGACUGAUUGGAUAGCUUGAACAUAAAAAUUCAAGAUCUUUGAAAUUUUCCGUUUACUCAUGAUUGGAGAAUUGCGAGACCCACAAUAUGGUUAUUUGAACUUUCUUCUUUUCGGGUUGCUCCAUUUUGCCCUCGGGAUUUGUUACUUGAUUUCCACUAUUUGAAACGAAGUGUGACUUUUGCUUAUCUUGACUUAAAAUGAAUGCAAGCAAUGUUUGAAAAAUCUUGUUUGAGAGAGUAUAAUGGGAACAUGAUUUUAGAAAUCGAAGCCUAUAUUGAGGGAAGUGGGUGCAAUAUGAGAAAAAUGAUUUCUUAUUUGGUUAUUUCUAUAAGAAUGUCUUUUCCAAAGGCAAGCCAUGAGAAUGUCAAUAAGCCCUCACUUUUAUUCUCACUCUUAUGCUCAAUUUCCCUCUAACUCACUUAUGGGGUGUUCGGGGUAUACGACACUUCAGCUACUAUCAAGAUGCUGGUCACCAUGUUUGCUGGGGGAAAAAGCGCUCGAGGUAUAGGUUUGCUGAUCUUGGAGAUUUCAAGUAAUCUCUAUAUGGUCUUGUCGUGGGAUUUCUUGAACUUUCCAGAAAUGAGGCUCUUUUCUUAUGUGGGUUCCAAUCAUAAGAGUUCUCAUGUUUUGGGGUUUUUACUUUCCCCAAAUGAGAGGCGGGUAAGGAAAUUCAUAUGAAAUUUGAAUUUUCAGGUGGAACUUCGUGUUGAUGGAUAUUUGGUUUGCCCCCAAGGUAUGAAAUGAGAUCAUCCCUCCUUGUCGUAAAAAGUUUCUUGUGGAGGGAUAUUUUGCUUUCCCCCAAAGUAUGAGAUUGGCUGAUGGAUAGAGGAGAUCUUUGUUGAUGAAGUCUCAUUUUCCUUGGAAAUGGUGGUUCAUCUUGGAUAUUUUUGCGGGUAUUAUUAUUUUUACUCAUGUUGCCCCCUUGUCUUGAAAUUUUGGUUUUUAAGGGGUAAGUUUGAGUAUUUAAGUAACUGAUGUCAUUUGAGUAGAAACUAGAUUCUAGAAAUCUUCUUACUUGUCGAUGUCCUUAUUUGACCUUGAGAGGAUGGAUAAAGGAGGUCUUGGUAUGAUGUAGACUCUCAGUUCUCAUUGGCAAUCAAAUAAUGAAUGUCGAGGAACCUUCGUGUGGUGCACGCAUGGCUGUCAAAGUCCUCUAUCAUGAGAUUUUCGCUUAACUUAAAGGUGAAGGUUCAAGCGAUUGAUAAUGGGGAUCAUCAUCGGAAGCAUCUUAGCUUGUAUCGACAUUCUUGUCUGGAAAACUCUUCUUAUUGGGUUUAUUGUGUUAUUUCUUCAGACUUGGAGGGUGAAUGCCAUUUAAUUUGGAAAGUUGAUUUUAUAUGCGGUAAGGGUUAAAAUGCAAUCCCAAUAAGUGUGAGGUAUUUUUUUGGUGGUCAGGCUAUACGUUUUAAGCAAAAUGCUCUUCACUUAAUGGGAUUUAAGGAAGGUUGUUUCCCUGUCCAUUACUUAGGCCUACCUAUAUUCGAUGGGAAACUCAAUAGUAAAGAAUGUGAGAUAUUGGUGGACAAGAUUACAAGCAGGGUUUGUUCAUGGCGAGCUAAUAAGGUCUCAUUUGCUGGUAGACUUCAAUUGGUGUCAUCUGUCAUAUAUUCAGAUAUGCAAUUAUGGAUGUCUAUUUUCAUUUCGCCUCGGAAAGUGCUUGAUAAUAUACACAAGAUAUGCUCUAAUUUCCUAUGGCAUGGUGACGGUUCGGGUAGUGCGAAGGUUUCUUGGGAUAUAUUGGCAAACUCGAAGAAGGAAGGAGAAUUGGGAUUGAAGGAUCUAUCUACAUGGAAUGUAGAAUGUUUCGCUCGCCUCCUUUGGCUGAUUUUUAUGCUUGGAGGGAGCUUCUCGGUAGCGUGAAUCUCACGUUAUAGACUGAAAGGGCGUUCUAUUUGGCUUGGAAGACGUCUUCCACUGGUUCAUGGGUCUAGAGGCCGAUUUUGAAGCAUAGAGGGUGGUUUCAGUUCAGAUUUUCAGUUCAGGCUUUGAUUAAAUACUAAUUACCAUAAAAAAUUUCCCGGGAUUUAAUUAAGGCAAAACAUUUCCGCAUUGGGAAAUAUAAGAAGGCUUAAUUUGAGUUAUUUUAUAAAUAAGAUGUCGAUUAAUUAGGAAAAUAAAUUUGGGUUGUUUGAGGAUAAAUUUUUGUUGAUUUAAUUACCAAAAAAUGUUUUGGUUUGGGAAAUAAAAUAAGACUUAAUUCGAUUUAAUUAAGGAAUUAAAGACUUGUUCAUUAGGAAAAUAAACUUGGGUUAUUGGGGAUUAAAUUUUUUAGUUUUUUAUAAUCGAUCAUUAGAUGUGUUAAUUAGGGAAAUAAAAUUAGAUGUUGGUUAAUUAUGAAAUUUUUUUAGUCUUGUAAUUAUUUGAUAAAAUAUUUAAAUAGAAAAAUUAUUAAUAAAUCCAUUAUUAAUUUUUGGAGAAAGUAAGACAAAGAAGUCAUAUGCCACGGGUCCAAAGCCAAAGCCCGGUCCGGGAUCUCGGCGAGGUUGUAGAGGUCCUCCCUUCAGGCAGUUUGACUUGCCACCGCUAAUGUUAACCAAUUACUCCCAAGCUUCCCCUUUAAUUUAUCGUUAUAUUUUUACUUUUGGUGUUUGAGUAGAAUGUGUGUCCCGGACAAAAUGUGGUGUCUACAAGAUCCAAACAAAUUGGCAACUAGCAAGUAGGGAUUAGGAACAUGCCUACUUUGUAUGUCUUCUUUGAAAUAGUUAACAAAGUAGUUCCCAAAGAGCAUAGUUCUUUGAGUUGAGCCUAGUCUAGAUGCGAUCGAAUUCCAUUAAACCUUGAUUUGAUACCAUGAUAAUCUAAACGAAGCAAAUAUGAAUAUGAAAUCGGCGCAAAUGAUACCUAAUUUCUUCAAUAUGAAAGAGACUAGUCCACAAGCUUACUUUUCACUUUUAUUUAAAAAUUCAGUAAGUCACCAUGUUUACACUUUACAUAUACAUUUGGAUCCUAGAAUCAUAACUAAGCUGCCGGUUGUAGAACCCCCACAAGCCAUAAUGCUUGUGCACUAUCAAUCAAACAAAAAAAAUUCUUGAGCACAACUUUUCCACCAAUAAUUUGUACAACUCCUACCUGCUAAGAAAACCCAUGUUAUAAGGUAACUUGAAAUUAAGUGGUGUAACAAAAUUGGUGCAUUCCUAAUCAAUAAUGCUAGUCAAGUUGGAGAAGAACAACCUCAUAUGGGAAGACAAUUUCAGAUGGAAGCUUAACUCACAUUUGAAAGCUAAAAUACUAACUAAACAUAAUAAGAAGACCAAAUUAAUACAUGGUUCACUUGUAUUGUUAUUGAGUUUUCAUUUACUUAUUUUUUAAUCACUUUAUAUGAAUACAUAUGUGUAUCUUACUCCAUUCAAGAUGAGCAGAGCGAGCACAAAAUGAAAAGAAAGUGUGAUGUGUUUUAUUUUGUGAUAACAAGUAUCAAAGUUAAGGACUGAUUUAGUUGAGUGUGUUUUAUGAAUUGAGUGAUACUCAAAUGUAUCAUUUGUGAUUGAUCCUAAAUUCCAUUAAUUCCGCUAAUACCCAACAAAAUUGGAAUUAAAGAAAAUACUCCUUUAACUUCUAAAAAAUCCCCACUUUCUAGUCUAACCAUUUUUCCCCCUAAAACUAGCCAUCGCAAUAGUUUCAGCGAACACCAUGUUUUCCACCUCUUCAAAUCAAAUUAAAAUUUCCCAUGGAGAAUUGUAUGAGUAUUGUAGAAAGGCGGGUCAUGCAACAAAAGACUAUAGAUGCAAGUGCACCAAGUGAAGAAUUCAAAACCAUUUUCAGAGAGAUCUUGCUUUAAGAAUACGCAAGAACAAAAUGAGUGAAGCAACACCCAAAAUGAAGAAAGCAAUAUGGU